UGAAGGUCCUAAAGUCGUGCGUGCCCAGUAGUCGUGCGCCAUUUUGUUUGUUGUCAUAAUCGGGGCGCGUGCCCAAAUAUUACGUCACGAGCAGCUGAUUUUCGAAGAUAAUAGAAGAGAGCGUCCGUAUUUUUACUCAGAGUGAAAUAUGCGAAACAAACAGGUAAGAAGGAUAAAAAUACAAUUAUACACCCAAAAUACCCGCCAUUUUGUUAAUGCUUUUCCCCCUGUCUGUGAAAGUAUAUGUUAAUCAUACUGAACCGCAACCUGUGGACAUACCAACCACAUGGCUAAUUAGCAUAACCCAAGGUGAAGGCUACCACGUAGUUUGAAUUGUUUACGAGGCCAAAUAUUUUAAUUGUUGGUGUAUUGAAAAUUUGGUAGUCCAUUAUUUUUAUUUGGAAGGUUGUAUAAGACGUAGGGAAUUAGUGUGUAGUAAUUGUUAUUAAAGAAUAGUACUUUAUUUCAUAAAUUUCAUCGAUUUAAUUUUAUAAUAUGAUCUAAUAAUGUACACUAAUCUACCAUAUAUAUUAAAAUGUUACAUCUAUGAGUAAAUCAAAUUUUAUUUUUUAAUUUGAAGUUAGUACUAGUAAUAGACUAAUACAUGUAAAGUGAUAAAGUUAUCUCUUUUACUGUUUUAGACUUCAAAGAAAAAAACAGAUGUUAGGUUGAGACAAUACAGUCCAACUCGACUUAUCAAUGCCUAUCUGGCUGUCAAGGAUAUGGGUAUUAGUGUCCGUAAGGCAGCGAAGAAAUAUAGUGUCCCCGUCCAAACUCUUCGUGACCGCGUGAAAGGGAAAGUUGAUAUGGAGAAGGUCACUAUGGGACCAGCACCUUUAUUAGGACAGGAAGAAGAAGCCAUGCUAGUGUCCCACUUGAAGGAAAUGGCAGCACUGGGGUAUGGAUACACACGACAAGAAGUGACUAACAUUGCAUCAGAUUAUGCAAUUCAACUUGGUAAAAAGACUAAACAACAGAAACCCCUCACACUUAUAUGGUUUAGAGGAUUGAUGAAGCGGUGGCCAGACUUGAAGGUUGUAAAGCCAAGAGCCUUAGAGUACCAACGAGCAAAAUCAGCAAAUCCAGGAAAUGUGAAAAAGUACUUUGACGAACUUUCAACUAUUCCUAAGAAAUACAGUUUAUUGGACAAACCCCAUAGAAUAUUCAACAUUGAUGAGAAAGGAAUUACCCUUAAUCAUGUGCCUCCUCAUGUAGUAUCGGGCACCGGACAAACUCCACAGGCAGUUACAACAGGAAAAUCCUCUACAGUCACUAUAUUGGGAUGUGGUAGUGCCUCGGGGGUUACCAUUCCACCAUAUUUUGUAUUUCCUGGAAUGCGCAUGAGGACAGAGUUGAUGGAAGGCGCAACACCUGGAGCAACUGGUGAUGUAUCAGAGAGUGGUUGGUCUAACUCUGUUAUUUUCCUACAAUAUCUACAGAACCACUUCCUUCAACAUGUUCCUGGUGGACUGCAUGAACCAGUUUUGUUAUUGUUGGAUGGACACAAGUCCCAUGUUUCUGUUGCUGCGGUGGAAUGGGCCAAGGAACACAAUGUUAUACUGCAUGUAUUGCCAGCACACACAAGUCAUAUUCUUCAACCCAUGGAUGUUGGUUGUUAUGGCCCCCUCCAGAAAAUCUAUAACAAUUUGUGUCAUAAACAGAUGAGAGAAACAUCAACAGUUAUAUUGAAGCAGGAUAUUUGUUCGCUAGCAUGCCGUGCAUAUACAAAAGCUCUUUCAGCAGAAAACCUUCAGUCUGCCUUCCGCAAGUGUCGGAUAUACCCAUUUAAUGCUGAUGUAGUCCCAGCAGAAGCCAUGGCACCUUCAUAUGCAAUCUUGACGGUCACCCAUGAGGAAAAUCAAGAAAUGGCAGAGGCAGAUGAGGAUGAUAAUGAUGUUAUAGUUGAGAACAAUAGCUUAAAUUUUUUUGCUGAACGCACGAGGGAGCUUGUCCAUGUAAAAUCUGAAGGAUCGAGGGCCAAAAAACCACGCAAUACUCUCAGCAAGAUAACAUCAGGCAGAGCAAUUACUGAGCUUGAGGUGUCCAAUAAAAUUAAAGAGCAUGUUUCAUCCAAUAAGAAAUCUACAGGAAAAAGCCACGCAAAUGCAAGGAACAAGAAAACUUCAUGUCGGACUAACAAUGACUCUCAGGAACCUGGACCUUCCUACAUGGGCCCAACGAGUAGUAAGAAGAUAAACACUUCUCAUCAUACUAAGGAUCAUUCUCAGGAACCUGGGUCUACAAACCGAUAUCUUUUAUCCGAAGAUUCCGAAGAUGUUUCCAUUUCUGAGGAAGAACUGUGCUGCAUUUGUAAAAAGUACACACCUGAAGCCGUCCGACAAAGUGCAUCCCUAAUUUUUGUGAAGUGGGUGCAAUGUGAUAUGUGCAGACAUUGGGUUCACUUAAACUACUGUAUUGAUAUCAGAGUGAUUCGUAUUGGUGAUCAGUAUAAAUGUCCCCACUGUAAAUAGAGUAAACACGUGUACUUUUGAAAUAUGUUUAUUACCAAGUUUUGAACAGUUUCAUUAUUCGAAAUAUAGUUGACUUUGAUGUUAUUUUGAUGCCUAUCAUAUUUAUUCUGUUGUGAAAUUUAUGGUAUUUUGAGUUUCAUAUUGAAAUUCAUCAAACUGUGAAAUGCAAUCAGUGUAAUGAAAUAUUUCAUUUCCAUUAGCUGUAUAUAAGUGUAAAUGCAUAAAACGAAUGUGAUAUUUAAGAAAUGAAUGAAAAAAGUUACCACACACUAAAAAUGUGUUUUUCUUGGCCUCAUUUAGCUGUUACAUCCGGGUGCACGACUACUGGUCCUAAACAAAUAUGGCUGACGUUGAACUUCACUUGCUUUAUGUCUCAAUAAUAAACAUGAUAAACCGCUUUGAAAUAU